AUGUUGGUGCGUAUGCAAAUCAUAUGCAAAUUGGCAUUCCCAGGGCCCAACCCCCAGGUGUCCAAGGGCACUCACGUGUUGGUGCCUCUGGGUGACUCCUCCCCCACGGGCUGGAGGGCGGAGCCGGACGAGGGCGUGGCCGAGCCGCUGGGGGGCGUGGCCGGCUGUGACCACGCCCUGUGGGUGGGGCUGACGGCCCCGCCCACGGCUCCCAUUGGUCGGUACCGGUUGAGCGUGAGGACGAGGACGGAGGCCGGGGAGUUCGCGGCGCCGUUCGAGCCCGACAACGACGUGGUGGUGCUGUUCAACCCCUGGUGCGAAGAGGACUCGGUGUACAUGGAGAAGACGAGCGACCUGAGCGAGUACGUCCUGAACGAGAGCGGCCGAAUCUUCUACGGCACCGAGGAGCAAAUCGCCGAGAGGGCCUGGAACUAUGGCCAGUUCGAGCCUGGGGUGCUGGAGGCCUGUCUGUACAUCCUGGACCGGCGGGGGAUGCCCCACAGCGCCCGCGGCGACCCCGUCAUGGUGGCCAGGGUGGUGUCGGCUAUGGUGAACUCCCUGGACGACAGCGGGGUGCUGGUGGGGAACUGGACCGGGGAAUUUGGGGCAAUUUGGGUGAACUCCCUGGACGACAGCGGGGUGCUGGUGGGGAACCGGACCGGGGAAUUUGGGGCAAUUUGGGUGAACUCCCUGGACGACAGCGGGGUGCUGGUGGGGAACUGGACCGGGGAAUUUGGGGCAAUUUGG